AUGAGUUCAUCAUCGCAACAUCUAACCAACUAUGCCGCGUUUACUCGCCCCGAAACGGGCAUCAGCCAGAUAGGUCAUUUAGACGCAAAAGCCGGCACAAUCCAACCGCUCAGCCUCCUCUCCGGGUACCCCAUCAAAGAUCUCUACCAGGUCAUCGAAGCCGGCCCAUCGCAAAUAGUGGCCUCUGGCUCUGCUCUGCCCCUCUCAUCUGUUAAAAUAUUGGCACCGCUUGUAGGACGCGAUGUGUUAGCUGUGGGCAAGAACUACAUGGAGCACGCAAAGGAGUUCAAUGCCUCGGGAUACGACAGUUCGGACAAGGUCGACAAGCCCAGCCAUCCUGUCAUCUUCACAAAGCGUGCGACGUCGAUCAUUGCAGAUGGCGAGGACAUUUACUUGCACCCGGAGUUUUCCAAGAGCGUGGACUAUGAAGGUGAGAUUGGAGUUAUUGUUGGCAAGGCCGGGUUCCGGAUUCCCAAGGAAAAGGCCAUGGACUAUGUCUGGGGAUACACGAUUAUCAAUGACAUGACGGCUCGUGAGAGGCAACGAGAUCACAAACAGUUUUAUAUUGGCAAGUCGGCGGAUACAUUUUGUCCCAUGGGCCCAGUUGCCGUUCCAAAGGAAGCCCUUCCGUCGGUUCUGCGUGUUCAAACCCAUGUCAAUGGCGAGUUGCGGCAAGACGCAACGACAGACGACCUCAUUUUCGAUAUCCCAACCUUGAUAAAAACGCUUUCUGAGGGACAAACGCUAUUACCUGGGGAUGUGAUUGCUACUGGCACGCCCGCCGGUGUUGGUAUUGGACGCAACCCGCCUCUCUUUUUAAAAGAGGGAGACGAAAUCGCCGUCACCAUCCCUGGUAUUGGCGUUCUACACAAUAGAGUCACCGCUGUGAACGCAACGACGGAGCGUCUCGCCUCCCAAUCCGUCUUCGGUCUUGACAACGCCGCACGUUCGUUGAACGGCACAGCUGGACUGACCAUUAUCAAUGGCAAGCCGUUACACUACAAAAGACUUGGUGUUGAAGACAACAACGGUGUCGUCUUUGUCCACGGCCUCGGCGACACAUCAGAAUAUUUCUCGCCUCUCAUUGCAGACUUUGAACUCCAAAAAAAGGCAAACGUGCACUUGUUUGACUUUGAAGGCCAUGGCCUCAGCCCUACGCACCCGUUGAGCGUCUUGAGCGUAGACUCCUUGGCGGCGGAUCUCGCGGGUGUGUUCUCGCACGCGGGACUCAGCGAGUCCAACCCCGGAACACUGAUUGCGAGUUCCUUUGGAUGUUUGAUUGCCAUCAAGUUCGCCAUUCUCAACCCUCGUUUGGUGAAUAAGCUUGCGUUGUUGUUCCCACCGUCUUCACCACUCUCCGACGCCUCUAGAAAUGUGUGGAAGAAGCGCGGUGAACUCGUUCGCGCUUUGGGAAUGGGAGCAGUGGUCGAUGACAUUAUAUCUGAGGGCACGGCUGAAGCGACAAGGUCAAGAGAGCAUGUUGCAAUGUCAGCAAUUCGGCUAGGCUUGCUUGGACAAGACCCGGAGUCAUUUGCAAAGGCCUGUGACGCAUUCGCCAAGGCUGAAGCAGAUCUCCCAUUGGAAAGUCUUGGUGUGAAAACGCUUAUUAUAUCAGGCGGCGGAGAUUCAAGUUGCUCAGAGGAAGUGGUGCGGGGAUAUGCACAGAGGAUCAAGGGAGCACAUGUUGAAUGGAACAAGGACCUUGGCCAAUGGGCUAUUUUUGAGAACGUGAGAGCAGUAUCCGCCAUCUUGGCGGAAUUUGGUCUUUAG